GUGCUCAGAGUCUCUUAGGCUUUUACUUUGCCAUUGUUUUUUAAAUGGUCCUGGUCAAAGGGGAAGCAUCAUGGAAAAUAAGGAGUCAUUAAUGUGGGUCUGGAAGAGACAUGAUACCAGCCUUGAUAAAACAGAUAGCUGCUUCCACAUCCACUAAGGCUUUCAAUAAUACAUCAGUUUAUAAAAUCAGCCAAAAUUCCUGUUUUGUAAAAGACUUUUCAGAUUGGUGAAACAAGUUUACUGUCAAUAGCAGCGAUCAGUAAAAGGAAUUACGUUUAUACUUUUGCUUUAUUCUUCUAAAGAUUAUAGGUGUCAAAUAUCCUUUCAGUUUAAGGGAGAAGGAACCAAUUAAAAUCUAAUUAGGCAGGUCAUUCAAAUCCCGAACAAACACAGUGCUCCUUAUUUCUAGUGGAACAAGAUCUUAACUUAAUUGGUCUCAAUUCCCAUGAGUCCUCUUCCUUGGAGUUGGAUUUAUUUUCCUGUUGUUGUUCUUAUGCUUUGCUGGGUAGAGAUUUGCACCUGUCUCCAGAGACAUUUUAGCAGGUAAGUCUAGAGGUGUGAGAAGGAACCAGAAUUUCCGAUGAGCUGUGCUUCUUGUGACAAACGUGAAACCAGGACAGCAAUUUGGCCUUCCCUGGCAGCUUCUCAGGAAGUUUGUGAAAAGGAGAUGUUUAUUUGCACCUUUGUGUGCAAUGGAGGGUUGUUUUACCGAUCAAAGAAGGCUUGAGUUGUUGGGCAGUUAGAGCGGAGCUUGAUGUUUUCCCUUGGGAACAAGCGAUCAGACAGACUGCCACAUCAGAGUUGCCUGGUGGGUGUGUGGUGUGUGUCUGGGGGGUUGUCUCUGGAGUAAACCUGUACAGAGUGUCGUGUUCUUAUUUCUGCAUCUGUCCAUAGGGGGUAAAAAUUGGUGUCUUUGCUUAUGUUGGUACUAUUCUGUAGUACUGCUUGUGCCAUGCCACCACUUCGUUUAGCACGAAACCAAGUAUUGGUGUCUUAUGAUGUGUUAUUGAAAACACAAAAAUGUAUCCUGGCUGCUUCUUGUAGCCUUUACUUCUGUAUACAGAGAGAACUGAGCGGGGGAAAAGAUGGUGUAGACAAUCAGCUUGAGUGGGCAAAGUAAUUCAUGUUUAGAUUCAGCCUUUCAAGCUUCAGAGCUUCUGAAACCAUCCUCUCAGAAGCAGAAGUCUGACCCAGAAAAUUUGUGCCUUCCUUUGCCUUCAGAACUAAUCCUUUCUGAUACAAUAAAGCAAGUCUGGUUUGAUCUUGGGCUGUGACCAUUAACAACUAAUUAUGUCUAGCUGAGGUAGGAAUAAUUGAGCAGAGUGCAAGAAUCCUGUUUUAGAAGCAGAAGUUGGUAACAUCGAUUCAUAAAACCACAGGAAACAGCUUUAUAGAUUCCUAAAAUGCAUAGCUUGAAGUUUCUGUGCUUUCCUUCAAGCUGUUGAGCUUUCUGUGCAAGGGCAGUCUGAUUUGCCCACAGACUGGUGCAGAACAUGCUGGUGAAUUUAAUUAGCGACUUCAGCUAUUUCCCAGUUAUUUUAUUAUGGUUGGAAAUAAAGGCACUAGCAAUGCUGAGCCACGGAAGUGAAAGUGGCUUUGUUUCUGUCCUUUAAUUUCUGUUUGAAAGGUGUGCUGUCUAGAGAUACAUACACCUCAGUCAUAUUUUGAAACCAUGUAAUGCCUUCUCAUGUUUUAGCCAUUAAUGCAAACAGCUGUAGGCAGUUGGUUGCGGUUAUGAGUUUACAGCUCCAAAAGACAUCAUGCCUGCGGAAAGUAACGCAGCUGUAUGUUGAUGCAUGUGUUUUUAGCACUACGUUGCUUUGUAGAACAAACCCCCAUAGCAGAGGGAGGCUGGUAUUAGCUGUUAUGACCCUUGCUUUAUUAUGUGUGUUUUGUGUUUUAAUGUUUACUUUGCCCUUGGUAGGAUUAAAUACCUUGAAACUGAUCUCUACCAAUAGGAUGCUUGUGCCAGCCACCUUCUGAAAAGCCUGAAACCUUGUUCUGCUGGAAAAGAGCUGAGGGAAUAACGUGAACUGGGCUGGGUUUGCCCUGACCCUGGCACACUUUCCCCCUCUUUGGCGGGGGAGAGGCUCCCUUGCGAUGCAAUGCGGGGGUCCCGCACCGAGUGCGCGGGAGCAGAGGGACACCCGUGGCCGUCCUGGCGACGGGGACGGGUGCCCUGGCGAUGCCCUCGAGUGCCCCGCUCCCCCUGGGGCCGUCACCGGGGGCCGGCGGCGCCCCGGCCGAGCGGAGGGUAGGGGCUGCCGGGGAAGGCACUGCCACGGUCCUGCUGUCGGGAGCCGCCGCCGGGGGAGCGGGAGGGCGGCCCCGGCUGGGCCCCGCCGCCGAGCAGGAAGUGGGAGUGCGGCGGCGGCGGCCGGCGGGGCCCGGGGUGUCCCGGGAGCGGCGCUGCCCGGCGGGAAACGGCAGAAGCUGACCAAGCAGGAAUUCUGGCAGUUGGUGCACCAGAGCUAUGGCUCUGAGCUGGGCUUGAACAGUGAGGAGAUGGAGAGCUUCCACUCAUCGUCAGAGGACAACGGGCAGCCUCGAUCCACCAUUUGUGAUGAUUCUGGAGAAAGGGAUGAAAAACUGCCUAAAAUGAUUGGUUUAGUUCGGGAACCCACGCUUCAGACAGAAGGAGAAUCGCUCAAUGGCCGCACGUUGCCAGGAGUGGAGGAGUCCAUAAGUGAGAAGAAAAUAAAGAAGAGCCCUCUUCAAUCUUCAGAAAGGAAACCUAAGCUAGUCAGGAGCAGGUCUCUAGAAAAGUCUUUGGACCUGAAUGAGAAUGAAAAUCUCCCAGAGAAGAGCAGUGCCUCAGACAGUGAAGAAGUGAAGGAGACUGUCUCUGAGAAUGAUCUCUAUGGGAAACUUUUUAUAAACAGAGUUUUCCACAUCACUGCAGAGAAGAUGUUUGAAAUCCUUUUUACCAAUUCUCACUUCAUGCAGAGGUUUUUCAAUUCCAGGAGUAUAGUAGAUGCUGUAUCAACCCCUUGGAAUAGAGAUUCCAGUGGCAAUCAGUUGAGGACUUUGACGUACACUGUAACAAUUAACAAUCCACUUUGUGGGAAGUUCACAACUGCAACUGAAAAGCAGAUCCUGCAUAAGCAGAGCCAGAAAGGUCAGUCUUAUCAGGUGGAUGCUGAGAUACUGACCCAUGAUGUCCCCUACCAUGAUUAUUUCUACACUGUGAACAGAUACUGCAUCAGCCGCACAUCCAGUCACAAGUGUCGAUUACGGGUUUCUGCAGAAGUGAGGUACAAAAAACAGCCUUGGGGCCUUGUCAAGUCUGUAAUUGAGAAGAAUACCUGGGGAGGAAUACAGGAAAACUUUCAACAACUUGAAUCAGAUCUCUUAAUGGAGGAGUAUGCACUUAAUCAGUCCAUAGAAGACUCUGGUAAAUUAGUUGCCCUGAGACGAAGGCGACGUACUUUACACCGGAGUCUGGCAGAAUCGCUUCCCAAACGCUCUUCCCAACACUCCUCUAGUGACAUGGGAGUAGAGUCCCAGGGCAGUAUAACAGGAAGGAAAAGAGAUGCUGUAAGUAGGACCACCACCAUCAUUGUAGUAAUGAGUGUCUUUUUGCUGCUCUUGGUCUUGCUGAAUAUAACACUGUUUCUCAAACUGUCAAAGAUAGAGCAUGCGGCUCAGUCUCUCUAUCAUGUCCAGCUUCAGGAAGAAAGCUCUUUGAAUAUAUCCCCAGAAAUGGUAUCAAAAGAGGAAAUCCCUCAGUAUAAUAAGGAACAGGUUAAACACGUGAAGGGAGUUUUGAGAGACUCAAUUGAAAUGCUUGAGCAGCUGAAGAUGUCCCUUUCCAUGCUGCAAAGAAGCUUUGACCACUUGAACAGGACACAGAGCAGCAAGACGGAGAGUUAAUACCCACAUCAGGUUUUCCAUUCAGAACGUCAGAAGAAAAGAUUUGUGUGUGAGGACUUGUGGGGUAGGGAUUGUGCCUGUCACCUUCGGACCCUUUACUAUUUGGCUUAAAAGCUACAUAGAAUAAAGGUUUCUGAAAGAAGUAA